GACAGCAUAGACUACAAAAGCAAAAGCUCAGAAUAAAGUAUGGCCUUGGUACAGCAAACAAAAAAGAAGUGUCGGCAAUAUAGUGUGGAAUAUCUGAAAUAUGGAUUUGUCGCAGCACCACACAACCAACAGCAACCAAUGUGUCUACUGUGUGAUAGAGUGUUUUCAAAUGAAGCUAUGAAACCUUCGAGGCUUUUGGAACAUUUGAAGAAAAUGCACUCUGAUAAAGCAGACAAAAACUUGGCAUAUUUGCAGUCACUCCGAGACAACGGCAUUUCACAACAAUCUACUGACGGUUUGCGAGCGUCAUACAACAUCUCUUUGCUGAUUGCUAGAUCUGGUAAGCCUCAUACAAUUGGAGAAGAGCUUAUUCUACCAGCAGUAAGAGAGGUUCUACACACAGUUCUACACAAGUCACCUGACCAAAUUAUAAAAGCUAUUCCUCUCAGUGAUAACUCUGUUCAGAGAAGAAUAGAUGAAAUGGCUGAAAAUAUUGAAGAAACAUUGUGUAACAUGCUUAGGACAACAGAAUUUAGUUUACAGUUAGAUGAGUCCACUCUGCCAGGCAAUGAAUCUUUGCUUCUUGCUUAUGUUCGUUUCGUCAAAGAUGAAAGCUUGGUUCAAGAGCUGUUAUUUGCAAGACAGCUUGAAACAGACACAAAAGGGGAGUCAGUAUUUCGUGUCGUUGAUGAUUUUUUCAAAGAGAAAGACAUCCCACUUUCUAACAUUCUUGCUUGUGCAACAGAUGGGGCACCAUCAAUGGUAGGUCGUCAUCGUGGCUUCAUUAGUUUCUUGAAAAAAGCUGUACCUGGAGUACUUACAGUGCACUGUGUAAUCCACAGGCAGCAUCUGGUCGCAAAAAACCUGAGUGGUAGACUACACAAAUCAAUGAGUACUGUUAUCACAGCAAUAAAUAAAAUCAAGGCACAUGCCCUCAAUUCCCGACUGUUUCGACAGCUGUGCACUGAUAAUGAUGAAGAGUUUGAACGUUUAGUGUUGCACACAGAAGUUAGAUGGCUGUCAAAGGGAAACUGCCUGAGACGUUUCUAUUCACUGUUUGAUACAGUUGUUGAAUUCUUCCAAGACUCCAAUUCUGUUCUGUGUGAUGAACUAAGAAACAUGAAGCAUGACAUUGCUUAUUUGGCAGAUAUAUUUGCAAAGUUCAAUGAAAAACUGGAGUGGCAGAGGAAGAACUGA